CGAUAAAGUGAUGGACAGCCAGGAAGAUAGAGCGUCUGCCCCCCAAGCAGCCAACACUCUUCUUAUUAAUGGGAUUACUGAGCCGCAUGAUCCCGUAGAUGAUGUGAAGUCCUAUGAUGCUGCAGAUGCUUCUGUCACAUUCCCAGCCUUAACACAGAAAGAACUUCAUGCCUGUCACAGAGCAUUGCCACCAAUCAUUUCCAAAGAGCCUUGCUUGCUGGGCCCUCCUUCCCCCCUGAGGCUAUCAGAUACAGCUGAACAUGUUAGUAGUGAUCCUUCAGUUCAGGCCAUAUCUCUGACAACCUGUGCUACCAAGGGCCUUAGCACCUGGUCUUUGCCCAGUGAAAGUGAAAAAACGCCUUUUACCAUCAUAGAGCCUGGAGCUAUGUCAGCUUUGACUGGCGAUUGCUUGAUGCAACAAAGUCGGACCUGCUUAGGUUGUUUUAUAGAAACAAAAGAUGGAGUAGAUUCAGAACCUGGUGUCAGUUUGAAAAUGGGAGAUAUAAGUAGAGACUAUGACACUUGUCCAGUUACUGACAUGGGAAUUCACUGCAUGAGUACUGGAGACAGCAUAAAAUAUGGUGAUCAGCUGCUUUCUGAUCAGCUGUUAAGCUUUCCUGUUCAUAAAUCUCAAGAGGCUGAUAAAAGGGAUCAAGAUAAGUCUGAUAGUGAGACAGAGGACCCUUCUCAAAAGAAUUAUUAUGAGGGUCUGCUACUGGACAAAUGCAAUGGAGAUGAAGCUCUGCUGUCCAAUCCUAACCAGGAGUGGGGCUAUUUUGAAUCCUUUAUUAGUGAGAGUAAAAUUGAACUUCUGGAUCUGUGCUCAAAAAAUGAACUGUCUGUCAAUUUGUUUUCAGAGGAAGAUGUGGACAAUUACAUGUUUGAUGAUGAUGAUUCUACUCUUGGUAGCGAUGUUUGCUCGUUAAAGAUCAGGUAUGAAUCGUUUCAAGAUAAUGUAAGAGAGAAGACAAAUGCCCUACAAGAAGAUGCCCAAUUCAAUUUCUUCCCAAGCGUCUUUACUAAUUGCACCAAGAAGGAAAGCAAAGUGUCCAAGAAAAGGGUAGCAGACCCUUCUCAAUUCAAACUUGAAGAAGGUGGAAUAUGGGAAGAAGAUGAGGAUGAAGAUGAGGAAGGAGAUGGUGAGGGCAUGAAAUCUACCUUGAGCAAAGCUUGUGGCAAUGUUGAUGUGGUGCAAUAUAUUAGCACGAAAAGAAGCCACUUUUUGGAUUCAGUAAAUUCAGCAGAAGACUCUGGAGAGUACAGUGAUGACAGUUCUUGCAGUGAAUCUUCAUAUGAUGUACUGGGAGACAUCAAGGACUGUACCAGAUAUCUAUCACGUGAGCAUUCUCACUCCCUUAUCCAGCCAAAUUAUGGACUAAGGGUGAAGAGGAAAGUCAGGUAUAGUGAUGACUACUUGUAUGAUAUGGAUUCCCUAGAGAAUGAGAAGGUUGUAGAAAAGAAGGAAGGUGCACCAGAUGGACCCAAAGAAGAAGAUGAUGAUGACUGGUGCCCUAAAAAACGUAGGAAAGUUUGCAGGAAGGAACCACCAGUCAUCAUUAAAUACAUAAUCAUUAAUAGGUUUAAAGGAGAAAAGCACAUGCUUGUCAAGCUUGGUAAGCUUAAUGCAGAUGAGACCACAGUUAACCUAAGUGAAGACCAGCUAUCAAAACUUCAAAAACUUGCACCACAGAAAGAGUAUUGGGAAGAAAAGAGGCGAAACACAUCAGCUUUGAAUGCGCAGAGAAAUCUCAAUGGCUUAGAAAACACCAUUCAACCAAGGAAGAGAAAAGGCCAGCUAGCAAACCGGCAUAGAUUACAGAGGAUUCAAACUAUUGAACAACCACUGGGCAGGGAGAUGCUUUCUUCUUAUGAACACAGACAGGGAUGCAGCAGCAAAGAUGAUACCAGCCUUAAUGACGUGCAUACAUUAGCCCUAGAAACCCCAAGCUGUGUAAAUGGAUUACAUUUGGCUGACAUUGCAGAGGUUGCGCCUGUGAGGUGCAGAUCUCUAGAAAGGGAACUUAAGUGUGCAGACAGGAAGGUUAUAAGGAGAAUCAAGUUUAAAAGUGAAGCCAGGUUAAAAUGCAAACAGCUCAAACUUGAGCAGGCAAAUGCUAUUAGUAAUACAGAACCAGUGGAAAACUUCCCUGCCAUGGAGAACCAGGACUCAGUACCUCUUCUGAAAGAAGAAACCAUCCACAGUACGCCAGACUCUUCCCAUCCUUUGCAGUGCCAUGGUGAAAACGAAGCUAAAAAUUCUCCUUUUCUGCAAACCACCUGCUCUCCUGACAAGCCAUUACCAUCUGCUCACAUCAGCAACAAUGUACCAGUUCUCCCUGGAGGGUAUCUACAGACACUCUUAGAUGCAUCGGACUCAUCUUCUGGCACUGCUAUAACAUACUUUGCCCCUCAUCCCUUGGGGCAGCACUCAGUUAGCAUUAUGCAGACAGAAAAACAAUUCAGCUCACUACAACUUGCAAAGAGCUGUGUUCUCUCCCCCCCUUCAGAAUCUGAACUGCAGCAGUCACCACAUCACUUAGAAAUGGAGCAGAGCUUCCCAGACAUGUGGCAUGGCAAGCCUCCUAGCAGCCAAGCUGAGUUCAUAUCAAACCUAAGGGAAGUGUCCAUCAUAUCCGGAGACUUUGCCGAUUCAGCGGCUGUUUCAGGCACAGACAUCACAGCCUUGGGAUAUAGUCAAGCUCAUCCAAACAACACUAAACAGCUGUACCACAAAACAUAUUUGCAAGAAGGCCAGAUUCAGCAGGAUGACUCCUAUCAGACAUGUCAUUAUAAUAGUGGAGAUAGCCACUAUGUUCUGCAGAGAGGCACACUUAACACCGACAAUGGAAGGCUUAUUAGUUUUGACUCAGUAGGCUCGUUGUCUGUUAGUUCCAGUAAUUAUAGCUCUUUAAGCUUGAAGUCUUGUGAAAAGGAUGGAGAGGAUGAAAUAAGCGAUGAUUUCUUGGCCCACUGUAGUCCCAAACUUGUAAUUCAGCAAAGCAUUGAUGAAAUCACACCACUGAAGGAGUCAACUGAUCUCCUUGACAUCUCCAACUUCACCCCUGACAAAUUCCGUCACUCAUCACUUUCAGAGAUGUCUCCACCUGAUACGCCCAAUCUUUCCCCUCAAAUCACAGGUACAGAGGUGAAAUCAGUAGGAAACCUUAAACCUUUUCAGAAUGGUGCCCCGGCAGUGCAUAAUGGAUCAGAAAAGACCAAAUGGAACUGUACUGUUCUUCCUUCACAAGAGCAGAUUAAUAGUGGCUUUACAUUAAACAAUCACCAGUUUCAGUUUCAUAUGUUUAAUGAUGAAGAUUCAGUUACAGUUCCUGAUAAAAACACAUGUCUCCCAGUGUUUGAUGAGUCUUCAGUGCCCAUCCAUGCUAUCGGCAAAGCCUCAAAAUCGAAAAAGAAACUUUCUGCCACCAAAAAUACAGGUGCCAACCAAAGCUCUACUCCAAAAAGUAGCAAGAAGAAAUCCUCCAAGGCUAGCAAGGGGGUAGAAAAAACACAGACAAAAGCCCCUCGGCAAACAGGUUCCAAGUCAUCUAAGAAAGUUAAAAAUGAUAAAGCCCAGACUGCUUGCAAUGGAUCAGAUGUACUGAAUAAUGCCAGUCCUGAUAAGCAGGGUUUAACUGACUGUAUGCAGAUUUAUGGGCCGGGCUCAUCCAAGGCAGGGAAGCGUCCAGCAGAGUGGACGCAUGAUAAAGGAAACAAUUCAUGGCCUGAUGUGAACGGAGGAAAUGCCAACAAUAUAAUUGAUGAUGAUCAAAGAGAAUUUGAGGAACCUUCUAACAUUCUUUCUAACAUAGCAUCUGGCAUGGCUGAUGUCCAGAGGUUCAUGAUGGCCUCAAUUGAGCCAUUUUGCAGUCCCAUGGGUCACAGUGACAUCCCAGAUAUAUUACUGUCUCCCGAGUCAAACAGUCUAAAAUUGAAAACAUUGAAAAUUUUGGCUAGUACACCACAGGAUUUUAAGAAGAAAGUAAAUGGCAGCUCAAUGGGGGGCUCCAAGAAGUCAACCAACAAGGGCUCAGGUAAGAACAAUGCUAAGUUUGGAGUUUUUGACCCAAGCUGCUCACUAAGUUAUGGAGGAAACCUUCAUGCAGCCUUUUUUGAUAAGAACUUUGGAAAUCUUGGUAUAUUAACCAAUACUGUACCAACCCACAAAAAGCUGUACCGUCAUAAAUCAACAUCUAAAUCGCUGCGUGAUGAAAACUGUAAAGGUAAAAGAAUAGACCAAGCACAUAAGGACCCAAUGGUCACAGCUGCAUUUGAAAAACUGAGGUAA